UCUGCCAGGGCCCAAGAUGGCAGACAGCAUUUGCUGCAAACUGGUGGACUACUUGGAAGAACUGAUGGAGGAGGAAUUCAAGAAAUUUAAGAUGCACCUUGAAGAAUAUCCGCUCGAUGAAGGCUACAAGCCCAUACGGCGCUGUAAGACCGAGCAGGCUGAUGCCAUCGAGAUUGCCCGGCUCAUGGUCAGAGCGUAUGAGGAGGCCAUGGCCUUGCAGAUGACAGUCAAAAUCUUGGACAGGAUAAACAAGAAGGAUCUGUCAGCGAAAAUCAAACAGGAGAUGCCAGCACGUUUCUUCCAGCCUGCAAAACCAGUGCCUUUGACCAAGGAAGAAAAACAAAAACAGAAAGAGAAGAUAGAGUCAGAUAUGUACAACCGGUUCUUUGGAACUUCAAAGAAAGUGGAGGUAACGCUGGAUCCCAAAACAGCCUUCCCCACGCUUAUCCUUUCCGAAGACCGGAAGAGUGUCCAUCUGGGAGAAAGGGCCCAGCCUCUGCCUGAUAACCCUGAGCGAUUCAAUUUUUCACCGUGCGUUCUGGGAGCGGAAGGCAUCACCUCCGGGACUCUGGAAUGGGUGGUGAACGUGGGCAAGGCCAAGAGCUGGUCCAUCGGCGCUGUCCGGGAAUCAAUUGACAGAAAAUGGUACCUCUACAUAACAGCUGAACAGGGGUUUUGGGUACUACGGCUGACGGAAGGAGAGUACAGGGUCUCGACGACCCCUUUCACCAACCUUUUCCUGUGGAAGUCACCCCAGAAAAUCAGAGUGUGCCUGAACUAUGACCGUGGCAUCCUCUCCUUUUACGACGGUGACUCCAUGGAGCACCUCUUUAGCUUCAACCAUCCGUUUUCCGAGAGGAUUUUCCCCUUUUUUGAGGUCUGGGAUACAGAGAUCCCCUUGCAGAUCUGCUCCAGUGAUUCCUAG